AUGGAGUGGCUGCCAUGGCAUUGUUAUAUUUUGGCACUUUCUAUCUUUCAGGCUAUUUCCGAGCUUCCGCAGCAGCAAUCGUUGCAGUGCGGCGCCGCAACAUUCAAUAAAUUAUCGUUCGUUCCACCAUUCCGAUCGAAUCUUCUACCAAUCGGUCGCUUAGUCUAUGUACCAUUGGAUCAAAUUGUGGGUGGCGAUAUAUGUCGGUUGGCUACUACUACUACUACUUCCAGACCAAAUCCGACGUAUAGUUCUACCGGUUAUCAGCAAAUGAUAACAAUUUGUGGGAAUUGUACGGAAUGUCCGACCGGUUUGAGCAGUAUCUAUUUGUAUUUGAAACGGAUGCUAAAAGAUAUCGAGAUUUCGUUAAUCGUUGUCAUUCGUGGUAUCAAUCAUCGACAAGUGAGCAACAUCGACGAUGACAAGAUACGUUUUGCGUUCCUCGAGGAGGAAACACCGAUCGCCCUGGAUGACUGUCAAAUUGUAGAUGCAAGUGACGGAGACGCUUUGCGCAGUUUUUCCAAGACUUCCGUCCUUUUUGUCUCUAUUUCAUUUAUCAUUUUAAUGGUCAUUUCGCUUGCUUGGCUUAUCUUCUAUUAUGUACAAAGAUUCCGUUAUGCGCAUGCCAAAGACCGUCUUCAAAGACGGCUAUUCAAUGCGGCUAAAAAAGCGUUGACGCGUAUUCCAACGAAACCUAUUCGAGUUGGAGACAAAGAGCUUGACACUGAUUGUCCGGUUUGCAUCGAUCCGUAUCGAGCUGGUGAUAUUAUUCGUUCGCUUCCGUGUAGGCAUAUAUUCCAUAAAACAUGUGUUGAUCCGUGGCUUCUAGAACACAGAACCUGUCCAAUGUGUAAAAGCGAUAUCCUGAAGGCUUUUGGAUACUACGUAUCGAUGGGUCGACGUACACCCAACAACACACACAGAGAAAGCAUUCAUCAGUCACCAAGGGAUGAAGACGUGUUGAGCGUCGAUGUGCACUCAUUAACCGGAUCUGAAUCCGUAUUUCCACAUGCCGGGUAUUCCGAAGUGCAGCAUACAACCAAUGCGCCAACUUCACCACAACUUGUUCAAGUGAUGCACUGCUCCAAUGUGAAUGCUUUUUCAAUAACACCUCUGACAGUACUCCCCUCAGGAAAAAAAAUGACCGCAAAUUCUGCACAGGAAAUGAAUGCACCGAAUCGGGUCUCAUGGCAAAUUCGGAGGCCGUCAUCGACUGCUUCUCACGUCGUAAAUGUUGCACAUUUUCGUUCACGUUCCCUGUCACAAGUAAUGCCACCACUUGAGAAACAAGAAUCUAAAGCUACACUCAGCUCAAAUACACUCGGCUCCGGACUUACACCAUUUCACUUCUCACCGAUACCUACCAAAAGUGUCACAUCGUCAAGUCACGAUACUUCUUCAGCCAUGUUAGCGGUUUCACCCGAACCCACUCCAUCUUCAUUUCCAGUAUCACCCACACGACCAAAUUCCUGCUUACAACAGAAACUCAGAACAAAUCGUGUUAACUCACAGGAUAUCAAACCAGAGCGCAGUUAUUUAGCCAGUGUUGAAUCGCUCUGA